AUGACUUCAGUUGGCUCCUUGGCUGCUCCUAGUAGCCGUGUGAUUGAUAGGAAAUUCGACAACUUGUCAUCUCGUGCUUCCAUUUCUCCAUUCUCAUUCUCUAGGAGGCACAAUGUAGUUCUAAGGAGGACACAAUCUCCUAGGAUCUGUGCCAUGGCCAAGGAGUUGCAUUUCAACAAGGAUGGUUCAGCCAUUAAGAAACUACAAACUGGUGUCAACAAGCUUGCCGACCUUGUUGGGGUUACACUUGGUCCAAAGGGUAGGAAUGUCGUUCUAGAGAGCAAGUAUGGCUCCCCCAAAAUUGUUAAUGAUGGUGUGACUGUCGCAAAAGAGGUUGAGUUGGAGGACCCUGUUGAGAACAUUGGAGCUAAGCUAGUGAGACAGGCGGCAGCUAAGACUAAUGACCUAGCUGGUGACGGGACAACAACAUCUGUUGUUCUUGCACAAGGUCUUAUUGCUGAAGGUGUCAAGGUGGUUGCAGCUGGGGCUAACCCCGUUUUAAUCACACGUGGCAUUGAGAAGACCACCAAAGCUCUGGUACACGAGCUUAAGUCAAUGUCCAAAGAGGUUGAAGACAGUGAGCUGGCAGAUGUGGCAGCAGUUAGUGCAGGAAACAACUAUGAAGUAGGAAACAUGAUUGCUGAAGCUUUGAGCAAGGUGGGUAGGAAGGGUGUGGUGACCCUUGAAGAGGGAAAAAGUGCUGAGAACAGCCUCUAUGUUGUAGAAGGAAUGCAAUUCGAUCGUGGUUAUAUCUCACCUUAUUUCGUCACUGACAGUGAGAAAAUGUCUGUUGAAUAUGAGAACUGCAAGUUGCUUCUUGUUGAUAAAAAAAUAACAAAUGCAAGGGACCUCAUUAACAUUUUGGAGGAAGCUAUAAGAGGAGGAUACCCAGUUAUAAUCAUUGCAGAAGACAUUGAACAAGAAGCUCUUGCAACUCUUGUUGUAAACAAGCUUAGGGGAGCUCUAAAGAUUGCUGCCCUUAAAGCUCCUGGGUUCGGUGAGCGCAAGAGCCAGUACCUUGACGAUAUUGCUAUUCUGACUGGAGGAACCGUCAUCAGAGAGGAGGUAGGGCUCACAUUAGACAAUGUUGGAAAGGAGGUCCUUGGCCAUGCUUCGAAAGUGGUGCUUACAAAGGAUACCUCCACGAUUGUUGGUGAUGGAAGUACCCAGGAAGCAGUUAACAAGCGAGUUGCCCAAAUUAAGAACCUUAUUGAGGCGGCAGAGCAGGACUAUGAAAGAGAAAAACUUAAUGAAAGGAUUGCAAAACUAUCUGGUGGUGUUGCGGUAAUUCAGGUUGGAGCACAAACUGAGACAGAGCUGAAAGAAAAGAAACUGAGAGUCGAAGAUGCUCUGAAUGCAACAAAGGCAGCUGUUGAGGAAGGUAUUGUUGUGUGGAGGGUGGAUGCUGAGCGUUCUGAGUUAAUUGCCAAGAAUGCUGGUGUAAAUGGAAGUGUUGUCAGUGAGAAGGUGCUUUCCAGUGACAAUCCUAAGUACGGAUACAAUGCUGCUACUGGAAACUAUGAAGAUUUAAUGGCUGCUGGAAUUAUUGAUCCAACCAAGGUGGUGAGAUGUUGCCUAGAACACGCAUCAUCUGUUGCAAAAACUUUCUUAAUGUCAGACUGUGUAGUUGUUGAGAUUAAAGAGCCAGAAGCAGCAGUGCCUGCUGGCAACCCCAUGGACAAUUCAGGCUACGGGUACUAG